AUGAUCAAACAGAUACUCGGUAAGAUCCCUAGGAAGAACUCGAAAUCCAGUGGAGAGCCGAGUUCCUCCACGAGCUCUUCUUCGACUAGUUCCAAAAAAAGUGUCGGAGGAAGUAAAAAAUCGAGCAACAUUGUCGACGAGUCUAUAUCAGCCCCAUACUCUGUUCUGAACAUAGGAAAAACCCCCGAGAACAAAUCUCUUCAGGACCAUAAUUCAAGAAUGAAUGGAAAUCCGAUCCCCUCUUCAUACGAGGCCUUGCCUAGCUUCAGAGACGUGCCCACUUCCGAAAAGCAGCAGCUUUUUAUCAGGAAAGUGAAAAUGUGCUGUGUCUUGUUCGACUUUAGCGACCCCACUAAGAACGUCAAGGAGAAAGAGAUCAAGCGGCAGACUCUGUUAGAGCUCGUGGAGUACGUGACCUCAGCCAAUGGGAAAUUCCCCGAGCCCAUCAUACAAGAAGUCGUUCGGAUGAUAUCGAUCAACAUAUUUCGCGAUUUCAGCCCUCAGCCAAGGGAAAACGGGUUAUUAGACGGGCUCGACCCGGAAGAGGAAGAGCCCGCCAUGGACCCUGCGUGGCCCCAUCUCCAAGUCGUAUACGAGCUUCUCCUAAGAUUCGUGACCUCACCCGAAACCGAUGCAAAAGUCGCCAAACGACACAUAGACCACUCGUUCGUGCUUAAAUUGCUCGAUUUAUUCGAUUCCGAAGUUCCCAGCGAGAGAGAGUAUUUAAAAACCAUACUUCACAGGAUUUAUGGGAAGUUCAUGGUUCACCGCCCGUUCAUCAGGAAAGCCAUCAACAAUGUCUUUUACCGAUUUGUAUUCGAGACGGAAAAGCAUAACGGGAUUGCCGAGUUUCUUGAAGUGCUCGGGAGUAUAAUAAACGGGUUCGCUUUGCCGUUAAAGGAAGAGCACAAGCUCUUUCUUGUUCGGACAUUGAUUCCUUUGCACAAGCCGAAGUGUGUGGCUAUGUACCAUCAGCAGCUGUCUUAUUGUGUGACGCAGUUUGUGGAGAAAGACUGUAAGCUUGCGGAUACUGUGAUUAGAGGGCUGCUUAAAUACUGGCCCGUGACUAAUAGCACAAAGGAGGUUUUGUUUCUGAAUGAGCUCGAGGAAGUUUUGGAGGCGACUCAGGGGCCUGAGUUUCAACGGUGUAUGGUGCCUUUGUUUCGACGAAUUUCGUGUUGCUUGAGUAGUUUGCACUUUCAGGUGGCUGAGAGGGCAUUAUUUUUGUGGAACAAUGACCACAUAGAGAACCUAAUCAAGCAAAACCGAAAGGUCAUACUUCCCAUAAUCUUCCCAGCUUUGGAAAGAAAUGCUCGACAGCACUGGAAUCAGGCAGUUCACAGUUUGACAUUGAAUGUCCGAAAGAUUUUUUACGAUCUUGACCCUGAUUUAUUCGAGGCGUGCCAGAACAAGUUCCAGGAGGAUGAGUCCAAGGAAAAUGAGAUCAAGGAGAAACGGGAGUCCGCAUGGAAACUUCUGGAAGAGGCUGCUCAGAAUAACGCUGCAAGUAAUGAAGCUAUUCUUGUUUCUUGA